GCCGCGCGGCCCAGGGGGAGCCAGAGCGACGCCGCCACUCGCGCAGCCCGCGCGGCCAGACAGCAGCAUGGAGGAGGUGGUCAUCGCCGGCCUCUCGGGGAAGCUGCCCGAGUCGGACAACAUGCAGGAGUUCUGGGCCAACCUCGUGGGCGGCGUGGACAUGGUGACGGACGACGACAGGCGCUGGAAGGCCGGGCUCUACGGCCUGCCCCGGCGGUCCGGCAAGCUGAAGGACCUGUCCAAGUUUGACGCCGCCUUCUUCGGGGUGCACCCCAAGCAGGCCCACACGAUGGACCCCCAGCUGCGCCUGCUCCUGGAGGUGGCCUACGAGGCCAUCGUGGACGGAGGCAUCAACCCCGCCGAGCUGCGAGGGACGCACACCGGCGUAUGGGUGGGCGUGAGCGGCUCCGAGGCCUCGGAGGCGCUGAGCCGGGACCCCGAGCUGCUGCUGGGCUAUAGCAUGGUGGGCUGCCAGCGGGCCAUGAUGGCCAACCGCCUCUCCUUCUUCUUCGACUUCAAAGGCCCCAGCAUCGCCCUGGACACGGCCUGCUCGUCCAGCCUGCAGGCCCUGCAGAACGCCUACCACGCCAUCCGCAGCGGCGAGUGCCCGGCGGCCAUCGUGGGUGGCAUUAACGUCCUGCUGAAGCCCAACACCUCGGUGCAGUUCAUGAAGCUGGGCAUGCUCAGCCCUGGGGGCACCUGCAAGUCCUUCGACGCCUCGGGGGACGGUUACUGCCGUGCCGAGGCCGUGGUGGCCGUCCUGCUGACCAAGAAGUCCUUGGCACGGCGGGUCUACGCCACCAUCCUGAACGCCGGCACCAACACAGACGGUUGCAAAGAGCAAGGCGUGACCUUCCCCUCUGGGGAGGCGCAGCAGCAGCUCAUCCGCUCCCUGUACCAGCCGGCCGGGCUGUCCCCAGAGUCCUUGGAGUACAUCGAAGCCCAUGGCACGGGCACCAAGGUGGGCGACCCCCAGGAGCUAAACAGCAUCGCCGAGGCUCUGUGCGCCACCCGCCAGGAUCCCCUGCUGAUCGGGUCCACCAAGUCUAACAUGGGGCACCCUGAGCCCGCCUCGGGGCUCGCGGCACUGGCCAAGGUGCUGCUGAGCCUGGAGAACGGGCUCUGGGCCCCCAAUCUGCACUUCCAUACCCCCAACCCUGAGAUCCCGGCGCUGCGGGACGGCCGGCUGCAGGUGGUGGAGCGGCCCCUGCCCGUCCGCGGGGGCAACGUGGGCAUCAACUCCUUCGGCUUUGGCGGCUCCAACGUGCACGUCAUCCUGAGGCCCAACCUGCAGCCGCCCCCCGCGCCCAGCCCGCACGCGGCCCUACCCCGGCUGCUAGUGGCCAGUGGGCGCACACCCGCCGCUGUGCAGGUCCUGCUGGAGCAGGGCCGCGCCCACCCACAGGACCUGGCCUUCCUAAGCAUGCUCAACAGCAUUGCCGCCUGCCCGCCCACCGCCAUGCCCUUCCGGGGCUACACCGUGCUGGGCGGCGAGACCAGCAGCCUGGAGGUGCAGCCGGUGCCUGCUGGCCGGCGCCCGCUCUGGUUCAUCUGCUCUGGGAUGGGCGCACAGUGGAGCAAGAUGGGGCAACGCCUGAUGCGCCUGGGCAGCUUCCGGGACUCCAUCUUGCGCGCCGACCAGGCUGUGCGGCCCCUGGGGCUGGAGGUAUCGGCCCUGCUGCUGAGCACGGACGAGGCCAUCUUCGACGACAUCGUGCACGCCUUCAUGGGCCUCACCGCCAUCCAGAUCGCCCUCAUAGACUUGCUGACUGCCAUGGGACUGAAGCCAGACGGCAUCAUUGGCCACUCGCUGGGGGAGGUGGCCUGCGGCUAUGCUGACGGCUGCCUCUCUCAGGAGGAGGCCAUGCUGGCCGCCUACUGGAGGGGCCAGUGCAUCAAAGACUCCCACAUCCCACCAGGGGCCAUGGCCGCCGUGGGCUUGUCCUGGGAGGAGUGCAAGCGGCGCUGCCCCCCAGGCGUUGUACCCGCCUGCCACAACUCCGAGGACACGGUGACCAUCUCGGGACCUCAGGCCGCCGUGGUCGAGUUCGUGGAGCAGCUCAAGCAGGAGGGCGUGUUUGCCAAGGAGGUGCGGACGGGCGGCAAGGCCUUCCACUCGUACGUCAUGGAGUCCAUCGCGCCCACGCUGCUGCAGGAGCUCAAGAAGGUGAUCCGUGAGCCGCGGCCGCGCUCCGCGCGCUGGCUGAGCACCUCCAUCCCCGAGGUCCAGUGGCAGGGCAGCCUGGCCCGCACGUUCUCGGCCGAGUACAACGUCAACAACCUGGUGAGCCCGGUGCUGUUCCAGGAGGCGCUGCGGCACGUGCCCGAGCAGGCCGUGGUGCUGGAGAUCGCCCCCCACGCCCUGCUGCAGGCUGUGUUGAAGCGGGGUCUCAAGUCCAGCUGUACCAUCAUCCCCCUCAUGAAGAAGGACCACCCCGACAACCUGGAAUUCUUCCUCAGCAACGUGGGCAAGCUGCACCUGGCCGGCAUCGACGUCAACCCCAACGGCCUGCUCCCGCCUGUGGAGUUCCCGGCUCCCCGGGGGACUCCCCUCAUCUCCCCCCACAUCCAGUGGGACCACAGCCAGAGCUGGGACGUGCCGGCCGCGGAGCACUUCCCCAGCGGCUCCACCUCCUCCUCCGCCACCAUCUACAACAUCGACGCCAGCGCCGAGUCCCCUGACCACUACCUGGUGGACCACCGCAUCGACGGCCGCGUCAUCUUCCCCGCCACCGGCUACCUGUGCCUGGCCUGGAGGAUGCUGGCCCGCACCCUGGGCCAGGACAUGGGCCAGGUGCCCGUGGUGUUCGAGGACGUCACGCUGCACCAGGCCACCAUCCUGCCCAAGACGGGGACCGUGCCCCUGGAGGUGCGGCUGCUGGAGGCCUCCCGGGCCUUCGAGGUGUGCGAGAACGGCAACCUGAUCGUGAGCGGAAAAAUGUGGCUGUGGGAGGACCCCGACCCCAAGCUCUUCGACAGCCUGGCCGCCCAGGACCCCGUCGAGCCCACCGAGCCUGCGGCCGCACCCCACCUGACGCAGGGGGAUGUGUACAAGGACCUGCGCCUGCGCGGCUACGACUACGGGCCCUGGUUCCAGGGCAUCCUGGAGGCCGACCUGGAAGGCAACUCCGGCCAGCUGCUUUGGAAGGACAACUGGGUGACUUUCCUGGACACCAUGCUGCAGAUGACCAUCCUGAGGACCAGCCAGUGUAAACUGCAGCUGCCCACGCGCAUCGGUGCCAUCCACAUUGACCCCGCUGCCCACCGGCAGAGGGUGUACACACUGCGGGGCGAGACCCAAGUGGCCAACGUGCGGGCAAGCUCCUAUCUGGACUGCAUGGUGGCCGGAGGAGUCUUCAUCUCACGGCUGCAUGCCACGGUGGUCCCGCGGCGGCAGCAGGAGCAGCAGGCCCCCAUCCUGGAGAAGUUCGCCUUCACGCCCCACAUGGAGACCGGCUGUCUGGCCGGGGACGCGGCGCUGCAGGAGGAGCUGCAGCUGUGCAAGGGGCUGGCGCAGGUGCUGCAGACCAAGAUGGCACAGCAGGGCCUGAAAGUGGUGAUCCCCGGGCUGGGCGGGGCCCAGGCGCCCAGGGAGCCCCCGCAGCACGGGCUGCCCCGGCUCCUGGCGGUCGCCUGCCGCCUUCAGCUCAAUGGCAACCUGCAGCUGGAGCUGGGCCAGGCUCUGGCCCGGGAGGGGCCUCUGCUGCGGGACGACCCCCUGCUCUGCGGCCUGCUGGACUCGCCCAUGCUCAAGGCGUGCGUGGACACGGCCUUAGAGAACAUGGCCAGCGCGCGGAUGAAAGUGGUGGAGGCGCUGGCUGCAGAUGGCCGCCUGUACACACGUAUCCCGGCGCUGCUCGGCACCCAGCCCCUGCUGCAGCUGGACUACACGGCCACCGACCCCCACCCCCAAGCCCUGGAGGCCGCCCAGGCUGAACUGCAGCAGCACGACGCAGCGCAGGACCAGUGGGACCCUGCGGGGCCCGCCCCCAGCCGCCUGGGCGCGGCCGAUCUCCUGGUGUGCAACUGCGCUGUGGCCGCCCUGGGUGACCCGGCCACCGCCCUGGGCCACAUGGCCGCUGCCCUCAAGGAAGGCGGCUUCCUGCUGCUGCACACCCUGCUCAAGGGCCACACGCUCGGGGAGACCGUGGCCUUCCUCACCCACCCCGAGCCGCGGCAGGGGCUUCUGAGCCAGGAGGAGUGGGAGAGCCUGUGUGCCCAGGCGGGCCUGCACCUGGUGGCCCUGAAGAGCUCCUUCUACGGCUCUGCGCUCUUCCUGUGCCGCCGGCUGGCCCCACAGGACAGCCCGGUCUUCCUGCCCGUGGAAGACACCAGCUUCCGAUGGGUGGACACCCUGAAGAGCAUCCUGGCGGCCUCCUCUUCCCGGCCCCUAUGGCUGAUCGCCGUGGGCUGCACCACCUCGGGCGUCGUAGGCCUGGUGAACUGUCUCCGCAAAGAACCUGGCGGCCACCGCAUCCGGUGCGUGCUGGUGUCCAAUCUCGGCAGCACGUUGCCCGUCCCCAAGAUGGACCCAGGUUCCUCAGAGCUGCAGAAGGUGCUGUUGGGGGACCUGGUGAUGAACGUCUACCGGGACGGGACCUGGGGUGCCUUCCGCCACUUCCCGCUGGAGCAGGCGCCCCCAGAGGAGCAGACGGAACACGCCUUUGUCAAUGUGCUCACCCGGGGGGAUCUCUCCUCCAUCUGCUGGGUCUGCUCCCCGCUACGCCACACCCCACCCACCAGCCCCGGCGCCCAGCUGUGCAGCGUCUACUACGCCUCUCUCAACUUCCGGGACAUCAUGCUGGCCACGGGCAAGCUGCCCCCAGACGCCAUCCCAGGGAAGUGGGCAGCCCGGGACUGCAUGCUGGGCAUGGAGUUCUCAGGCCGGGACCCCAGCGGCAAGCGCGUGAUGGGCCUGGUGCCCGCCGAAGGCCUGGCCACCUCUGUCCUGCUGCCCCAGGACUUCCUGUGGGACGUUCCCUCCGGCUGGACGCUGGAGGAGGCCGCCUCGGUGCCCGUGGUCUACACCACCGCCUACUACUCGCUGGUGGUGCGCGGGCGCGCCCGGCCCGGGGAGACCGUGCUCAUCCACUCCGGCUCGGGCGGCGUGGGCCAGGCCGCCAUCACCAUCGCCCUCAGCCUGGGCUGCCGCGUCUUCACCACCGUGGGGUCAGCUGAGAAGCGGGCCUACCUCCAGGCGCGGUUUCCCCAGCUGGAUGGCACCAGCUUUGCCAACUCCAGGGACACGUCCUUCGAGCAGCACGUGCUGCGGCACACCGGCGGGAAGGGCGUGGACUUGGUCCUGAACUCUCUGGCCGAGGAGAAGCUGCAGGCCAGCGUGCGCUGCCUGGCCCAGCACGGCCGCUUCCUGGAGAUUGGCAAAUUCGACCUUUCCAACAACCACCCGCUGGGCAUGGCCAUCUUCCUCAAGAAUGUGACCUUCCACGGCAUCCUGCUGGACGCGCUCUUCGAGGAGGCCAGCGCCGACUGGCGGGAGGUGGCCGACCUGCUGCGGACGGGCAUCCGGACCGGCGUGGUGCAGCCCCUCAAGUGCACCGUGUUCCCCAAGGCCCAGGUGGAGGACGCCUUUCGCUACAUGGCCCAGGGGAAGCACAUUGGCAAAGUGGUGGUGCAGGUACGCGAGGAGGAGCCGCAGGAGAUCCUGAAGGGCGCCAGGCCGGUCCUGAUGAGUGCUGUGUCCAAGACCUUCUGCCCCCCACACAAGAGCUACGUGAUCACUGGGGGACUGGGGGGCUUCGGGCUGGAGCUGGCGCAGUGGCUGGUGCUGCGAGGGGCCCAGAAGCUCGUGUUGACCUCCCGCUCAGGGAUCCGAACAGGCUACCAGGCCAAGCAGAUCCGCGAAUGGAGGCGCCAGGGCGUGCAGGUGCUUGUGUCCACCAGCAACGCCAGCUCGCUGGACGGGGCCCGGGGCCUCAUCGCCGAGGCCACACAGCUGGGGCCCGUGGGGGGCGUCUUCAACCUGGCCAUGGUCCUGCGAGACGCCAUGCUGGAGAACCAGACCCCCGAGUUCUUCCAGGACGUCAACAAGCCCAAGUACAGCGGCACCCUCAACCUGGACAGGGUGACCCGGGAGGCCUGCCCGCAGCUGGACUACUUUGUGGCCUUCUCCUCCGUGAGCUGUGGGCGCGGCAAUGCAGGCCAGACCAACUACGGCUUCGCCAACUCUGCCAUGGAGCGUGUGUGCGAGAAGCGCCGGCAUGACGGCCUCCCAGGCCUUGCGGUGCAGUGGGGGGCCGUCGGUGAUGUGGGCAUCGUCCUGGAGACCAUGGGCACCAACGACACGGUCAUCGGCGGCACGCUGCCCCAGCGCAUCGCCUCCUGCCUGGAGGUGCUGGACCUCUUCCUGAACCAGCCCCACCCAGUCCUGAGCAGCUUCGUGCUGGCCGAGAAGAAGGCCAGCGCCCGCAAGGACGGCGAGGGCAAGCGGGACCUGGUGAAGGCCGUGGCCCACAUCCUGGGCAUCCGCGACUUGGCCAGUGUCAACCUGGACACCUCGCUGGCGGACCUGGGCCUGGACUCGCUCAUGGGCGUGGAGGUGCGGCAGACAUUGGAGCGUGAGCACGACCUGGCGCUGUCCAUGCGGGAGGUGCGGCAGCUCACGCUGCGGAAGCUGCAGGAGCUCUCCUCGCAGGCCGGGGCGCUGGAAGAUGUGGUGGCCCCCACGUCCAAGGACAGCUCCCCGCAGCGGCAGGCCCAGCUGAACCUGAGCAUCCUGCUGGUGAACCCCGAGGGCCCCACCCUGACGCGGCUGAACUCGGUGCAGAGCGCAGAGCGGCCCCUCUUCCUGGUGCACCCGAUCGAGGGCUCCACCGCGGUGUUCCGCAGCCUGGCCGCCCGGCUCAGCGUCCCCACCUACGGCCUGCAGUGCACGCGAGCUGCGCCCCUGGACAGCAUCCAGAGCCUGGCCGCCUACUACAUCGAGUGCAUCAGGCAGGUGCAGCCCGAGGGGCCCUACCGCAUCGCCGGCUACUCCUACGGGGCCUGCGUGGCCUUCGAGAUGUGCUCGCAGCUGCAGGCGCAGCAGGGCCCGGCGCCCGCGCACAACAGCCUCUUCCUGUUCGACGGCUCGCACACGUACGUGAUGGCCUACACGCAGAGCUACCGCGCCAAGCUGACCCCCGGCUGCGAGGCGGAGGCGGAGACCGAGGCGCUGUGCUUCUUCCUGCAGCAGUUCAACAGCUCGGAGCCCGGCGGGGUGCGGGAGGCGCUGCUGCAGCUGCGCAGCCUGGAGGAGCGCGUGGCGGCCGCCGUGGACAUCAUCGCGCAGAGCCACGGCGGGCUGGACCGGCGCGAGCUGAGCUUCGCCGCGCUGUCCUUCUACCGCAAGCUGCGCGCGGCCGACGCCUACGCGCCGCGCGCCACGUACCACGGCAACGUGACGCUGCUGCGCGCCAAGACGGGCGGCGCGCGCGGCGAGGGCCUGGGCGCCGACUACAACCUGUCGCAGGUGUGCGACGGCCACGUGUCGGUGCACGUCAUCGAGGGCGACCACCGCACGCUGCUGGAGGGCAGCGGCCUCGAGUCCAUCCUCAGCAUCAUCCACAGCUCCCUGGCCGAGCCGCGCGUCAGCGUCCGCGAGGGCUAGCGCGC